AUGUCGUAUCCAGGCCGCCCACCAAUGAUGCAAGGGCUUCCGAUGGCUUAUAUGCAAAUGGGAGCCCCUACGGCUCCAUUAAUGCCAGCCGUAAUGCCCAUACAACAUAUGGUACCUAUCCAAGUUUCUAGCGCACCUCAAAUUAGGGCUUUUCCAAAAUUAAAUCCCAACAGGGAUCAGCCAAAACAGGUACAGGGACCAGCUGUCACUGUAUUUGUCGGAAAUAUUACUGAAAAAGCUCCCGACGCUAUGAUAAGACAGAUAUUAGGUACAUGUGGUCCAGUGAUAAGUUGGAAAAAAGUAAAAGCUUUUGGUUUUUGUGAACUGGCAGGUCCUGAUGCUGGUUUGAGGGCAGUGAGGCUUUUGCAUGACCUGAUGAUAGGAGAUAAACGCCUAGUAGCUAAGGUUGAUGCUAAAACUAAAAUUGUUUUAGAUGAAUACAAAGCUGAGAGGAGGAAAAAACAAAAGGGUACGACUUCCCCGCUCCAGGAUGAACCCGAAGAGGAAGAACUUGACGAGGAGACCCAAAUCAUAGACGCGACCGCCUUGGAGCGAAUUAAGCAAAUAAUCAAAGACUAUGAGGAAGAGAUGAGCAAUUUCGAAGCGAAAAAAGAAGAGGAAGUAAUUGAAAAAUGGAAUAAAGUUUUAGCUGAAGCCGAGGUUGAGGAGGAAAAGAGAGACUUGAUAACGAGGGAAAUUGGAAAGUUCAGGGAAAUCAUGAAAAAACAAGAGGAAGAAAAAGAGGUGCGCAAGAAACGCGAAGAAAAAGAAAAGGACAAGUCGUCGCGAGACAGGGACAGAUCUCUAUCUCAUUCGCCCAGUCCUGCAAGAAAGAAGGACAAAGAGGAGAGGAAAAGGCGGCGAUCAAGGUCCAGGUCCCACGAAAAGAGCAGAGAGAGAGAUAGAGAUCGCGAUAGGGAGCGCGAAAAAGAACGCGAACGCGACAGGGAGCGCGAGCGCGAAAAGGAGAAAGAGCGCGAGAGGGAACGGGAGCAGCGGGAACGCGAACGAGACAGGGACAGAGAACGCGAUCGCGACAGGGAUCGCGAGCGGGAACGUGAACGGGACAAGGAACGGGAACGCGAUCAUCGCGACGAUCGCCGCAGCUCGAGAGAUCUCUUGAAGGAGAAAGAGAUGGAGGACGAAGCGAAAGAGAAGAAAAAAGCCGAACGGAGGGCUAGAGAAAAGGAGGCCGCCUAUCAGGAGAGAUUAAGGGCUUGGGAAACUAGAGAAAGGCGCAAAGCCAAAGAGUACGAGAAAGAACGGGAGAAGGAACGAUUGAAGGAGGAGGAAAGAGAACACGAUGCCAAACGGUUAAAAGAGUUCCUCGAAGAUUACGAUGACGAAAGGGACGAUAUUAAAUAUUACAAGGGAAGGGAGCUUCAAAAAAGGGUGGCGGAGCGUUUGAAAGAAGCCGAAAUGGACAAUAGAGAUCGAUUAAAAGAAAAGGAGGAAAUAGAAGAGUUAAAAAAUAGGAUAUUCUCCGGCGAACAUGAAGAUCCGAACGCGGAAUUCGAAAGGGCGAAGAGGGAGCGAGAAGAACAAUAUAAGCCAAAAUUGCUGAUCGACGUCAAUUUAGAACAUUGGAAACAAAAGGAACGCGAGAAAGAGCGGGAAAUGGAGAGGCAGAAGGCACGCGAACGGGAAAGAAUGCGGGAAUUGGACAGAGAACGGGAUAGGCAACGAAAACGGGAAGAACGCGAAAAGUAUAUAAUGGAACAAGCAGCUCAAGAACUAGCAGCUGUUGAAGCCGAACCGAUAGACAGCGAUAGUGAUAUAGAAGCUGAAAUCCAUUACAGUCCUGCCCCUCCAGAGCCUGAAAGCGCUUCCAUGGACAAUUCCAAUUCUGCUCAGUGGACGCAAGUUCAGGCGCCCGACGAAGACUCCAAACAUUCGUUCAUAUCAAAUCAUGACGACCACGUCGCUCCGCCCACCGGUACGGGAAUGAAAAUCACCCUGGCCAAACCUAUUACCUUACAAUCGCCCACUAGAGACUCGAAACGUAGAAAAUCCGAUCUCAGAGAGGUGUUUAAUCCGGACGAAGAUGAUAGUAAUACUCAGGUUAAGAAACGAAAAUUAGUACCGCUAGAUUAUAACGAAGAUAAGAAAUCGAAAAAGGAGAGUAAAGAGAACGGCGAGAAGAAAUUGGACGAAUCGAAAUCUCAGGAAGAGAAGCGGAAAAAUAUAAAAUCUCUAAUAGAAAAAAUACCGACGGAAAAGGACGCUUUAUUCACGUAUCACCUAGAUUGGAGUGCCAUCGACAACGUACUAAUGGAAAAAAAGAUCCGGCCCUGGAUCAAUAAGAAAAUCAUCGAAUACAUCGGCGAGCCCGAACCGACGCUUGUAGAUUUUAUUUGUUCAAAAGUAUUAGCCGGAUCGCAGCCACAAGUCAUCCUGGAAGAUGUACAAAUGGUGUUGGACGAAGAGGCCGAAGUAUUCGUUGUGAAAAUGUGGAGGUUAUUAAUUUACGAAGUCGAAGCGAAAAAAGAAGAGAAGCGGAAAAAUAUAAAAUCUCUAAUAGAAAAAAUACCGACGGAAAAGGACGCUUUAUUCACGUAUCACCUAGAUUGGAGUGCCAUCGACAACGUACUAAUGGAAAAAAAGAUCCGGCCCUGGAUCAAU